UCCAAGGUGCUGAAAGAACUCGGGGUUGGUGUUUAGCAGCCAAACGUUAGGUUUUUGUUAAAAAAUCGAGGUGCACAUGCAUGUAUGCCCCUAAUUACACACCCUCGAUAAACAUUACUUGCACUCGAAUGCAAUGAGAAAAAACGACUUGAAUGUAAGAUAUCAAAGGGAAAAGUUGAGUUUCGGAAUUUAAGUGCAAGCGAAAAGGGGAGAAAAAAAAAUUAAACCCCAUUUUAAACCGUAGAUUGCAGGUAACUAUAGCUUGCGUCGGGCUAAGGGUUUUUUUAAGAGGUGAGCUGGAGUUGAGGCGGCGGCUAGUGCCGGGCCAGACCACCCACAAACUGAACCAGUGCGGUGGGGAACUAGCCUAGAUGGGAGUGAGAGAAGUACGGAGUCGGAGAAAGAGAGGCGGACGCCAUUGCAGCCGCGAACUGCCCUUCUGGAUUUCAAUCAGCUGAUUUAAGAAAAGCAAAGGAUCUGGCAAUGAGGGAGAAUAAAGUUCCUCUCCCGAUACCACGAAAACACGCGGAGUGAGGGUUGUUUGCAUCGGAUUUGCAGAAAGGAUGCGAGUUCGCUACAGCCAGACUGAAACGUUACCAAGGAUGUCUCCCCCUGCACGGUGUGCCAGUCUCCCACAAUGAACAGCAGCAGCAAUGGGGCGCACCCACAGAAUGUCUCGGCUUUGGAGGGUGGUGGGGCCAUGGUCGCAGAGUCCUUCCUCAUCAUCGCCAUCACCCUGCUCGUGUUCCUGGGAAACCUACUGAUUGUGGUGACGCUGUACAAGAAGCCCUACCUGCUGACGCCCAGCAACAAGUUCGUCUUCAUCCUGACGUUGUCCAACUUGCUUCUGUCCCUGGUGGUGCUGCCCUUCGUCAUUGCGACCUCGGUGCUGCGCGAGUGGAUCUUCGGCGUGGUGUGGUGCAAUUUCAGUGCCCUUCUCUACCUUAUCAUCAGCUCUGCCAGCAUGCUCACACUGGGGGUCAUUGCAAUUGAUAGAUAUUAUGCAGUACUCUACCCCAUGAUUUAUCCAAUGAAGAUCACCGGCAACCGCGCAGUGUUGGCCAUCGCUUACGUGUGGCUGCAUUCCCUGGUGGGCUGCAUGCCCCCACUUUUCGGCUGGUCCACCUUUGAGUUUGACCAAUACAAGUGGAUGUGCACCGCCGCUUGGUAUAAGGAGGUGAGCUACACCGCCUUCUGGAUCUCCUGGUGCAGCCUUCUUCCCUUCACCACCAUGGUGAUCUGCUACGGAUUCAUCUUCAGGGUGGCGCGGAUCAAAGCCCGGAAGAUCCACUGCGGGACAGUGGUCGUGGUCCAAGAAGAGUCUUCCUCGCAGAAGAAUGGCCGGAAGAACUCAAACACCUCUACCUCUUCGAGCAGCAGCCGUAGAAGCAGCGGGCUGGUGUAUUCGGGCAACCAGUGCAAGGCCUUUAUCACCAUCCUCCUGGUGCUCGGGGCCUUCAUGGUGACGUGGGGCCCCUAUGUGGCUGUGAUCAGCAGCGAAGCUCUCUGGGGGAAGGGCAGUGUGUCCCCCCACCUGGAGACUCUGGCGACCUGGCUGUCCUUCUGCAGUGCCGUCUGCUACCCUCUGAUUUACGGGCUGUGGAACAAGACGGUCCGCAAGGAGCUGCUGGGGCUGUGCUUCGGCGACCGCUACUACAGGGAGUCAUUUGUUGUUCGGCAGAGGACCUCCCGCCUUUUCAGCAUCUCCACUAGAAUCACGGACUUGGGGAUGUCUCCACACCUGACAGCCAUGCUGGUAGGAGGAGGGCACGUACUGGGACAGAGCAGCAGCACUGGAGACACUGGCUUCAGCUUCUCCCAAGACUCAGGUACAGAUGUCAUGCUGCUGGAUGACUUUACUUCAGACAGCACGCAUGUUUCUCAUCACGGGGAGAUUUCAAACAAGAGGAGAAGCUCUGUCACCUUUGAAGACCAAGUGGAGCAACAUUCCAAUAAAGAAAAUUCCAGUUCUUCCUUAGUCCAAGUUAAGGCAGAGAUCCAUAAGUCUCUGGACAGUUACGCCUCCUGCCUGGCCAAAGCCAUUGAGACAGACGUCAAGCUGCUGCUGUUUGGGGAGGAGGCUCUUCCCCAGAGCGUGUCCGCUGUGUGGACUGCGCCGGGCAUUGUGGGAGGGGUACAGAGAGGACCCAGAUAUCUGAACGAGCAGAGACUGCGGCUGGAGAGCAUUGACGAAGGAAUCGGAAACGAUGGCAACGAGGUGGACGAAGAGGAAAUUGAAGAAAUUUGUGCCUGAUUAUACACACGUCAAUCUUUUUUUGUUGUUGUUGGCAACUCCCAUUUUCCUCUGGGGAAGCAACCACGUUUAUUGGAAGCAUUCUUCUUUUGAAGAAAGGUACAUGUUCUUUCCAGCUUCUAUCAAAAGAACCUUUCAGUACUUUUUUUCCAAACUCAUCACCAGUACAUGUUUAUGGUGCUACUGUUUUCUGCCACAGCAUAAUUCAGUUGACAUUACUAGAUAAAGAAAUUGUAGCAUUUAAAGGUAUUAAACCAAAUUACUGUUUAUUUUUGAAUUUUAAAAUGCCAAAUUAUAUACACCCAUUUAGGAAUAACUAGUUUUAUAAGACAAAACGUACAGUAAUGACUCCUAAACCUAUGACUGUUGAACUGGCACCAGAUGAUCCAUGGGGCUUAAUGUGUGCUCUGAGCUUACAGAGCUAUCAAGGAGUCUCUUCUCAAUUUGAUCUCCAAUUCUAUACAAAUCCUACAUUGAGAUUUCUUUCUAUGUAAUUUUUUAUUUCAAAGCACUGGAACUCAAUUGUUUUUUUAAUGUGACGUUGUUUUAUAUUAGAAAAAUAAACAUUAACAUUAAGAAAAAUAAAAAAAAAACUGAAAUAUGCUGUUUGCUUAAGUAUUCAAUCCCCAUGCUUUAAUAUUUUUUAGAGCCACCUUUUGCAGCAAUAACAGGUUAAGUCUUUUGGGGGGUAAGUGUGUGCCAGCUUUGCACACUGUUCAGCCCUUUCUUCCAGGCAGAUUUGGUCCAGGUUGUUCGAGUUAGUUGGAUGACGGUUGUGCGCCGCACUUUUCAAAUAGUGCCACAGAUUCUCAGUUGGGUUGAGUUAUUUAAGAUCAGGGCUUUGACUGGGCCACUGUAGGACAUUCACCUUUCUGUUCUUGAGCCACUCCAGUGUUACUUUGGCCUUGUGUUGGGGAUCACUGUCCUGCUGAAAGAUAAAGUUUCUCCCAAGCGUUGGUUUUUUUAGCAGACUGAAACAGGUUCUCUUGCAGUAUUUCCCUGUAUUUUGCACCAUCCAUUCUUCCUUCCGUUUUAACAAGAUGCCCAGCCUGCUGAGGAAAAGCAGCCCUAUAGCAUGAUGCUAAUAUUUUCUAUCAAAAUUAAUGACACAUUAAAAUAAUUAAUUUUGAGCUUCAGUGCAUAGAAAUAAAAAUAUCACAGAGAACUAAAUUUCAAUGUAGGAUUUGUAAUUCAGUAAGAUAAGAUCUCUUUAUUGGCCAUAUACAAUUUCUUGCAUUAGGAAUUUGUCUUUUCGCAUA